AUGUCCUCCCACCCCCAGUCUGUGCCUCAGGGCAGGAGGGCUGUGGACACCCGCCACUUGCCAAACCCUGCCAGUCUACCACUGCAGCUGGCACGGGCACAUACGGUAAGAGCCCUGGGAAAUCCUGGGCUAGUUUUCGCUGGAGCCAGGAACACUGGUACUUAGCACCUUCACAUGAAAAGCUCAGUGUAUAAUUGUAGAUGUUACCCUGGCUCCCAAUCGUUAGCAGUGAUUUUGUCAACAGAGAAUUGUCCUGCACCGAUGGAGGGAGCACGACCCUAGGGGCCCAAGAUUGUGUUUUUAUAACAGUAACAUUCCGAGGCUACACUGUUGUGCACACACAGGGCAUGACGCGCUAGAACCUGCUCGCCUAUUAGAUGUUUGAGUUGAAAGUUCAUGUUGUCAUGGUUGGUGCCUCUAGGGCAAAUCAGGCGCAUGUUAUAGGGCCUUUCUUACUGAAGAAUGUGUGUUUCAUAUGAUUGUGUUUGGUUUGCUUUUCAUGUGUUGUAUAAUUGAUUUGUAUAUAGAUAUGAAUAGUGUAAUUAUUGUUUAUUGAUGUGUUCAUGCAGGGCUCAUAUAAAGGUUAAAUAAAUAUAUGGUGGAAUCAUGUUAAGGGUUUCUCAAUGAUGGUCUCAUGUCUUCCCUCAUUUCUUAAUCGUUAUGACGGUUGUUUGAAAGGAUCAGAGGGAGACUUCCCGGAAGAGGCCCCUAGCUAGUACGUACGUUCAUCUUGUGUCGUGAUGUCCCAUGUUGGCUUGAUCCGCUCUCUCUAUUAUAAGGAGGGAAUCCAAGGGUUACCCCCCAGGAUCCCCACAGCUGCGCCUGCUUGUUAAUCCCCCCACUCCAACUCCUCAUCACGUUGAGGAGGAGAUAUGGGCAGACAGACAGUCCACACCCCACAGUCAAUCCCUCAGCCUCAGCUCAGUGAGAGAGGUGCACGUGUAGAGAAGCUCACUCUCUCAUAUGUGUGAGGGAAAUGGAGAGUGAGGAUUCUACAGUAAUGACCAGGGAGGAAGAGGUAGAUGAAGAAGGAGAAAAUAAGGGAAUAAGUGAAAAAACAUUGGCGAGAGUUGAGACACGCCAUCAUAGACUUGUCUUGCUGUCUCAGAUCUGAUGAUUUCUUAUUUUUCUUCUGUGUGUUCGUUGUCCUCUCCUCAUGCGUUGCUGUGUUGUAUGUUUCAGGAUGUGGGACUGGUGGACUAUCACCCUCACUCUCGGGACUACAGCUCCCACCUGGUUCAGCCCCACCGCCGCCGGCCCUCUCUGCUGUCCGAGUUCCAGCCAGGGAAUGAGAGGUACGUAGCUAGCUACUACUUUGUACUACUACUUGACAUGAUUACCCACACUGCUCUUCCUCAGGACCAAGGACCCCCUCUCAAGUAUUUUAGCACAUGGGUUUCUUUGAUCUCUGACAUUCCUAGAAGCCCCUGUCACCUUUGGUCAUCACAUUAAAUAAUUUAUUUAAGAACAUGAUUUGUUCUAUGUGAUGGGUGUUCAGAUGUUGGCAUGCUUAUUUCAUCUUCAUGGAAUCCUUUGACAGACAGAGCAGCAGAGAAAUUCAAGUCAUCUUGAGGCAAAGCACUUUUUUUCAGCAUUUUUCUGUCCCAGUUCUCAGUGUUAACCCUCAGAGCCAAUAUGUUUUGUUCCCCCUCUCCCUCUUUACUAAGCAUAUGCAAACCUAAUGUAAUUGGCACACCCAAGUCUUUCUAUUGUAGUGUGUGGUGCUGAGCUGCUCUGGACUGGAGCGUAAUGUAGCAUGCUUAGUUGUAGCCUUCUACAGUAGAGCCAUGUAGCGCGUCUCAGAGGACUCAGGUCUUAUACCUACCCAGGUGGUUAAUUAUAUAGUCAUGCUUUUUCUGUGGAGGAGUCUUGAUGAGUGGUUAUGAAUUAUUUAUAUGCAUACAUUUUUGCAUGUCAGACAGAUGAAAGCCCUCGAGUGCAAAGUGGGGUUUUUUCUUCAGUUGAUUGACUUAGCCAAUAUUCCUGCAUAUGUUAGAUAUGAAAAAAGUACAAGAUGCAACUCAAGUGAAGUGUUUUUCUCAUGAGGUCAACUGCAACUGAAUACUAGUCAAAUGGCUGUCAAAGCAGCGCUGUGUAUCAGUGGCUCUCCGGGAGUUCUUCCUAUUCAUUUGUAUUAGUUCACUGCCUGUCCUCUCCUCUCUAGAAAUCCACCUGCACAUCUUUCUUUGUGGUUGUAAUAGAGGCCCUGUCUCCAGAGGAUGUCAAGUGAGUUAGGCAACAUUACCCUCAGGAAUGCUACGGGGACACAUUGGCUGACACCAGAUGGUAGUUGUGUCAGUGUGUGUGCCCGCGUGUGUGUAAUGUGUAGCAGUGUGCGGCCAACCGUUUGUGUGUGGCUGGCUGUGCCUUGUCUUUCAGUAUCAGUCAGACAGGCUUACGGGCUCUGCGACUUUGUUGUUGAAGAACCUGCCCAGGCAGCAUUUCCCAGGGAGCAUUUUGUCCUUCCUUGACCACUGUAUUUCUCUGCCCUGUCCUCUUUCUGGGUACAGUAGAGGACUCCACUAGUUCUGUCAGCACAAAUGAACGCCAUACUGUUCUCUCCAUUAUCCCAAGAGGAUGUUGAUUGGCAGCCACUCCUGAACACUAAAAGCAUGAGGGAAUAACAGCCUAGUCUCUAUGAACAUGUGCUUCUUUCAGGGGGCAUGGAUAAAGUGUGUUUUUAGCUAGCCGAUAUGUGUCGUUCAAUGCAUCAAAUAUGAUAGGACGUCAUCGUAUGGAGAUUAAGUUCCUUGUUUUCAUCAUCAGAGUGAUUAGACACAGCUUUUGCGGAGAGGCAUCAGCUUCUGAGUCCCUAGUGAAGCAUUAGGCCUAAACGCUCAGCAUUGCUUCAAGUGGGCUGAGAUUCCACCCUGAGAAUCUGCCAUCUCUCAUAACACCUAUUCUGAAUAGUGUGAAUCUGUCCUUGGCAAAGCAUCAGUCUCUUGCCCUCUGGGAUGCCAGGUACUCACUUCAGAAGCAUAGUUCUAGGCACUCUGUCGCUAUAUUUGGCAUCUGAGCAUCCUCCUCAUUGAGACAAGUCAUUCAUAUUAGAAGGAUGAAUAAGGAAUGAAAUUCAAAGUGAAAAGUUAGAGGCAUAAGCUAGGUUUCCAUCGAAUUGGCAACAGAUUUUCAGAAAAUCUGAGCAUUUUCCCACCAGUGGUGUAUUUCCACCAAACGGACUUGUUGCGGAUAAAAAAUCAGUGCGUGACAACGUAGUGCACACAAAAUGUACUUUUUCGUUUAAGCUUUCAUGUACCAAAUAAAAAUAUAAUGUUCAAUGUGUUUCCUUUGCAUUUUCAACUCUACUGAUAGGUUUGUCACAAUAACUGUUGCAUUAAAUAGCAAAUGUGCCUGCUCUGGUCUUAGCACGUGCCCUUUAGCCAACACCUCUUAGAUACAGUGCCGGUGGGCUAGUCUUCCUGAUGAGAUUAUUAUGGAUAAGAGCGAGAAUAUUUUUAUUUGUCAAACGGCAGUCAAUCAUCGAUCAUCAUGUCAUCAGCAUCAAGAUCACCAUGCACUUUCACCACUCUGUGAAGUUCAUCAUAACAUAUUUAAUCUGUAGUCUAAUAAACCGCAUGCUUUCCUAAUAAGUUGCAGUGGGAGGACCACAUGUUUUUGCGUGACUCCAAGUUUACUUCGAUAUGAUGGUUAUUAUAUCAAUAUUUGCGCAUAAAAGGGUUUCCACCAACAUUUUUCUCAGAAUUGAUUUUACUGACACAAAAAGAUCCAACCUGGUCUAGCGUAUCGGUUUGUCUACAUUUGGAAAGUUUACCUACACAUUUUCUUAUUCUAUCAGGCCUGUUGUGACAUUUUUUUUAUCCGUUGUGUACUUUACUCACAUAGAAAGGUUGGAUGGAAACCUGUUUAUAGCCUAGUAUUGGCUCUGGCCCCUACACGUCCAAUCAUAACUCCCUUCCUCUUUCAUUCCCCACUAGCAUUAAGAAACUAAACUAUAGCUGUUAUAGGCUAUAUCACUGUCAUUGAUAUGUAUGAAAUUGAUAUUUAUCAGUGUCACUGUCAAAUUGCAGGUCACUAAACCACGUGUAGGUUCUAUAGAAAUCUCAUAGGCUACAGUUGAAGUCGGAAGUUUACAUACACCUUAGCCAAAUACAUUUAAACUCAGUUUUUCACAAUUCCUGACAUUUAAUCCUAGUACAAAUUCCCUGUCUUAGGUCAGUUAGGAUCACCACUUUAUUUUAAGAAUGUGAAAUGUCAGAAUAAUAGUAGAGAGCUUUUAUUUCUUUCAUCACAUUCCCAGUGGGUCAGAUGUUUUCCUUCCUCAUGAUGCCAUCUAUUUUGUGAAGUGCACCAGUUCCUCCUGCAGCAAAGCACCCCCACAGCAUGAUGCUGCCACCCCGUGCUUCACGGUUGGGAUGGUGUUCUUCGGCUUGCAAGCCAUCCCCUUUUUCCUCCCAACAUAACAAUGGUCAUUAUGGCCAAACAGUUCUAUUUUUGUUUCAUCAGACCAGAGGACAUUUCUCCAAAAAGUACGAUCUUUGUCCCCAUGUGCAGUUGCAAACCGUAGUCUGUCUUUUUUAUGGUGGUUUUGGAGCAGUGGCUUCUUCCUUGCUGAGCAGCCUUUCAGGUUAUGUCGAUAUAGGACUCGUUUUACUGUGGAUAUAGAUACACAGUAAAUCUUCACAAGGUCCUUUGCUGUUGUUCUGGGAUUGAUUUGCACUUUUUGCACCAAAGAACGUUCAUCUCUAGGAGACAGAACGCGUCUCCUUCCUGAACGGUAUGACGGCUGCGUGGUCCCAUGGUGUUUAUACUUGCAUACUAUUGUUUGUACAGAUGAACGUGGUACCUUCAGGCGUUUUGAAAAUUGCUCCCAAGGAUGAAACAGACUUGUGGAGGUCUACAAUUCUUUUUCUGAGGUCUUGGCUGAUUUCUUUUGAUUUUCCCAUGAUGUCAAGCAAAGAGGCACUGAGUUUGAAGGUAGGCCUUGAAAUACAUCCACAGGUACACCUCCAAUUGACUCAAAUGAUGUCAAUUAGCCUAUCAGAAGCGUCUAAUGCCAUGACAUCAUUUUCUGGAAUUUUCCAAGCUGUUUAAAAGCACAGUCAACUUAGUGUAUGUAAACUUCUGACCCACUGGAAUUGUGAUACAGUGAAUUAUAAGUUAAAUAAUCUGUCUGUAAACGAUUGUUGGAAAAAUUACUUGUGUCAUGCACAAAGUAGUUGUCCUAACCGACUUGCCAAAACUAAAGUUUGUUAACAAGACAUUUGUGGAGUGGUUGAAAAACAAGUUUUAAAGACUCCAACCUAAGUGUAUGUAAACUUCCGACUUCAACUAUAUAUAUAUAUAUAUAUAUAUAUAUAUAUAGCUACAGAGCUUGAUGAUGUGAUUGUGUAAGUGCCACCUAUUUUUUGCAACACUGUUUAAAGGGAUGGUUCACCCAAAUUACAUAUUGGUUUCCCUGUAAGCAGUCUAUGGACAAGUUAUGCUAAUUUGGGCAUUUGUCCCAAAUCCCAUUCAAGUCAUGCUAUUAGCAUUCUUUGCGCAUCAUGACCAAAUCAUCCUAAAGUAUCUCAAAUGUACUUUAUAGCUCAACAAAGUCACUUAUAGAUGAUUUGAACAUGAUGUGCAAAGAAAGCUAAUAGCAGUCCCAUGACUUGAAUGUGAUUCGUGCCACAAAUGCUAAAACAUUAGCAUUUGGAAGCAGUGCCAGGGAAACCAAACCAAAGCAUGGAUUGCUGUCAUACCUUGUCCAUAGACUGCUUACAGUGUAAGGCAACCAAUGUGUCAUUUUGUAAUUUGGGUGAACUAUCCCUUUAAGCAAGUAUACACCAGAACUUCUGUAAUUUUUCUCAGUCCAGGCCACCCCAUGAUACCUUUCACAUGCAGAUUCAGGAUUGUGUAAUAUGUAACUGCUACAUCCCUGCUGUUUAGUCAUUGUGGAGAGUAUAGCAGACCGGGUCUAAAUGAUUAUAGUACUACUGGCACCCUGCAAGACAGAAACGCUUUCUGCUCCCUGGCACUAAAAGAAACCACACAGUAGGCCUUUGUGGCUCUGCACUGGCAAUUGUGGUUGUGUUUCCCAGUUUGCCUUUCCCACCCCUAAGAAGCCACUUCCAUUUUGACAUUGGCAGUCUUGUCACUGACAUUUCAGCAUCUACCUAAGAAUGUCUCAAGGGCAGGCUUUAGAAAAUCAUGGCCUAAUAUGGAACAGAGCACCAUUUCAAGUCAUUAACCUUAACCUUAACUGUCCCCUGUAGCUCAGUUGGUAGAGCAUGGCACUUGCAACGCCAGGGUUGUGGGUUCGUUUCCCACGGGGGGCCAGUAUGAAAAUGAAUGCACUCACUAACUGUAAGUCGCUCUGGAUAAGAGCGUCUGCUAAAUGACUAAAAUGUUUUAAAAAAAUAUGGAGUGAACUAACGUCGUCCCCAGGCUAUUGCACAUAUAAGCCUGGUACAUCAACGACUCAAAGUUGGCCUUAGUGGGAGUGACCAUAGAAUUAUAUGGGAGUGUUUGUCAUUUAAUUUUAGCGACUCACACAACUGCAAGGCGUGGCUCUGUGCUUGUGUUGUGCUAGCUUACGGGGGAGGGAAAGGGGAAGGUGUUGUGGGAGAUAAUUGGUUGGUAGAUUAAGGUGAUUUAAACCAAUGCCUAUGCGCCAGGAGUUUCUCCCGGUCUUUCUGUAUUGGCUAACGAAGGCCAAGUUUGACGCGAUUGUCCCCCAGACUCUUCGCACAUUUGGGCGGAAGUGUCUGGGAACGACAGUAGUGAACUGAAUUAGCAGUUAACUGAAUAUUCAAAGCCUUUCAUUUCACUAAACAUCAAAGGACUCAUCCUGCUUUUCCAGACCCUUGUUUAUAAGGUUUUUGCUUAUUGUUUGAAUUCCCUGAGUUUGAUGAAUGUACUGUGUUUGAGUCUAAAACCACAUGUACAGCAGAUCAUGACCUAUCGUAUUGCAGCUCUACUCCCCUCUUCUCCCUUCCUACCAUGACUUUAGUCAUGUAAUUGUUAGCAUUCCAGGCCACCCAGCUCUGUUCUGGUUCUGAGGUACAGUACAGUGAUGUUGCAGGGAAAGGGCCGCAGGAGAGGUCAGUGAUGGUUUUGGGUGUCUGUGUGUGUGGCCUAGUGAGUAGUGACCACUUGACAAUGCAAAGCUCAAUAGAUAGAAGAGCAACUAGGCCUUAUGCUGUUUUAGUGUAGUGUACUAGUAGUGUCAGAGUUGGAAGGUGGGUUACAGAACGAUGUCAUUUUAAAUUUUUAGGGUCUAUUUGAUCUGCCUCAGUAUUCCAGUCCAAGAACUGAGUUUUUACAUUUUAGUAAAUUAGCAGACGCGCUUAUCCUGAGCGACUUACAGUACAUUUUCAUAUUUGUUCAUACUGGUCCCCCGUGGGAAUCGAACUGACAACCCUGGCGUUGUAAGUGCCAUGCUGUACCAACUGAGCCUUUUAAGCUGUACAGUAUGACCCGAUAAGCUAUCUGGUCAUACUGUACAGACACAAGUAAUAUUUUAGGUCAUUAUGACCUCAAGCUUUUAGCCAAUCACCCUGGGUUUGUGUGCAGACAUGGAAUGCAUCAGCUGUGUAAACCAAGGCAUAUGUACAGAAGGGAUCAGAAAUAUGCAAGGGCUGUAUGCUGCCAUAAGUGGGUCAAGCAGUGAGUGGGAUAGGCCUAGUUGUUCUCGUGUAGUAUCCUCUGUUUAGACCACUCACCGUGUUGGCCUUACAAAUGGAUAAGUUAAUCAUUACAGUCAUGUUGUCAAAUCCCAUGUCUCCCCGAGGACCAUUAUCUGCUUUGAGUGUUUCAUGGAUUGUCACUUUUUCAUGUAGCAGAGUGGUGUUCUCAGGUGAUGAAGCACUUCUACCACUGUACGGUGGGGGUGGAGGAGCUCUUAGGAAUGGAUAUUGGCAAUCACUCAAGACGGUGACAUCUAUAAUGUCUCAUCCCAACAAACAAAAAAAUUCUGCACAAUGACCAUGAAUAACUCCAUAUUACUGUAAUACACAAUGGAACAUUAUUUUGUUAAGAGGGCUUUUAUUUUAUGCCCCGCAACAUUGAACUUGAUCUGUGUGAAUUGAUUUAACAAAUGUACUGUUCUGAAUAUCCUGUUUAUACUUUUUAUUACACCAGCUCAGUAGCACAGAGCUGGUAUGGUGCCAGUUUGCUGGCUUGACUUACUCCUAGUCUGAUAUACCAUACUAUACCAUACUUACAGUUGUUAGUUGUUUACCUGUCUUUCUCUCCUUGUGCUUUGUCCCUACAGAGGUCAGGAGCAACACAUCCGCUACGAGCACAUAUACCUGCCCGAGCCCAACAGCCAAUUAGAGGUGGAAUAUGCUGAGAUGAAGCGUCCUCGGUUGGACAUGGGGGCGGAGUCUCUCAUGAGGCACUCAUCCCACCGCCCGCAACUUCCUCUGGGAGGGGCAGAAGACAUGUUAAAG